GCCGGGAUCAGGGAGGGGCCCUGAGCGCUGCCAUGUUUUUGUACGGUGGGUGCGCAAAGCAUGCUGGGUCCGAUUGUCUUGGUUUUGAAGGAGAGAACCGCGGGAACUCUCGUCCCUGCACUGGCAAGGAAAUCUCGGUGCCAACGCAGCUUCCUGGGAAGGCUCUUGGGAAUCUGAGGAGGAGAUGAGCCUGGAGUAUUCUUCAAGUCAGGAGGGCGAGGCCAAAGGAGGUGUUCUAGCUCAUUUGGAAAGACUAGAAGCUAGAUCCCGUAAAAAAUGGGAAGAACCACAGGGAGCACAGGCGGCGGACAGUGCUCUUGGAAGCAAAAUUCAUCAACUGAGAAGCCUGAGAGACAAACUGAGGGCUGAAGUGAAACAACGCCGAGCCAGAGUUGAAGCCAGUGUCGAACCUGACCAAACAUUGGAGGUCAGCAGGCAAGUUUUGGAAAGAAAAUGGGAAAACAUGAAAGCCAUUCUGCAAGCCUAUCGUUUUACAGGACUCAGUGGGAAACUGACCAGCCGGGGCGUCUGUGUUUGCAUCCAGACCGCUUUUGAGGGGAACCUGCUGGGUUCCUAUUUCGUGGACCUUGUCAUACAGAAACCGCUUCGGAUACAUCACCAUUCAAUUCCAGUCUUCAUUCCCCUAGAGGAGAUAUCUGCAAAAUACUUGCAGACUAAUAUUCAGCACUUCCUGUUCAGUCUAUGCGAACACCUGAAUGCUUACUCUGGGAGGAAGUACCAGGCAGAUCGACUUCAGAGUGACUUUGCAGCCUUUCUGGCAGGGCCCUUGCAGAGAAACUCACUGUGUAAUCUGCUGUCAUUUACGUACAAAGUGGAGCAGAGUGGCCAGGCCUUCCCAUUUGGUGCCAGGCUGCUCUACAAGGACCUGACAGUAACCCUCCCAACCGACGUCACCAUUACUUACCAAGGGACAGACACAUUAUCCACCUCAUGGGAAGAACAGCGAGCCACCCAUGAACACCUAUUCUGUACUAAGCCCCUACAUCAAGUGUUUGCUUCAUUUGCAAGAGGAGAAGAAAGGUUGGAUUUGAAGCUAGUCUACUAGAAUAUUAUUUUGAUUGAGAACACAUCAAAAGUAAAAGGAACUAUUGCACUUCCUGUUCUCAUGACUAAGGUGACAGGGGUUCCAGAAGAACCUUUCAAGAUUAUCAGGACAAGGGCCCUUCCACCUGACUUGGACCACACG